UUUGUUAUCUCCCCAUUUCAAGUACCUUGUACUCAGGUAUCUUGCUCUACUUUGCAGAGAGACACACACACGCAGAGAGAAGAGCAUAUUGUGCCAGUUGCUUCUUUCUUUGAACGGAUCCUAUUUUGCAUUUCAUUGGUAACUCUGAAAACAAAUAUUUAGGACGAUCUGCAGAUGAUAGAGAUUAGUUCUCCAACUUCUUCUUUUAAAUGCAAAGUGGUGGGGAGCUGCCAACUUUCAGUUUGUUAUUGGCAACCAAUGUUUCAUGUGACCCUAUCAAUCUUUUUGUUGUUGUGCAAGAGGAGGUGUUUUUGAGGAACUGGUGCGGAAACAUUGCUCAUACAGCUUUAGACUGCGAGGACUGCUACCAUGGGAACUGUCAGCUCGAGAAGGGCUCACAAAAGGUCCACCAGGGUGCUAUUGAUGGGCCUGGAUUCAUCGGGCAAGUCCACACUUCUAUACAAACUCAAACUCAACCAGACUGUGCAAACCUCGCCCACUAUUGGCUUCAAUGUGGAAAUGCUGGAGCUGGAGAAACACCUCUCCCUGACGGUCUGGGAUGUGGGUGGCCAGGUCCAGAUGAGGCCCAACUGGAAGCACUUCUUAGAGGACAGCGACGGCUUGGUCUUUGUGGUGGACAGCACGGACGAGGCAAGGCUGGAGGAGGCCAAAAAGGAGCUGAAGCAGGUCUUGAAGCAUGACAACAUGAAAGAGAUCCCAUUAAUGGUGCUGGCCAACAAGCAGGAUAUACCCAGCUCUCUGUCCAUCAGGGAGAUUGCUCUCAGGUUGAACCUCAAGAGCUACGACAACAGAAACUGGGAGAUCCAGGGCUGCAGUGCUUAUACUGGGGAGGGACUAAAGGAGGCAUUUCAGUCUGUUUCGGAAUUAAUUAGAACCAAGUAAAACCUUAG